AUGCUGAGGAUAUGCAGGUAUCCACUCCUGCUAUCAGUUCUGUGCCUUCUGGCGGACUAUGCUCUCCGACCUGUGUACAGUACAUAUUACCUAGGGCACAGUAUCUCCCCAGCCCUAGAACGGGAGCUAUAUUCAUCCCAAAUGCAAUCAACCUAUCAAUCACUUGCCAAAACAAUCCGACAUCGAGCAGCAGAAUGCCCGCGGCAGCGAUAUCUCGUUGCCAUCGCCGGUGCCCCGGGGUCAGGAAAAACGACCAUCGCGCACGAAGUCGCAAAGAGAAUCAACAACAACGACGCUGCGCCAUCCGACGGUCCACAUAAACACAAUCUCUCCUCUGACAAACCCGUAUCACAAUCUUCAUCCCCCUCGCCGACGGUAUGCAUCAGCAUUUCCAUGGACGGAUUCCACCUUCCGCGCUCCACCCUCCACACCCUUCCCAACAAGGAAGCCUACCGUCGCCGCGGCGCGCCUUGGACGUUUGACGCCGACAAGGCUGUUGAAUUUGUCUGGUGUCUGCGCAAGUGGGCUAACAACCAUGAAGACGGUGGAAACAAUACCACUGAACCGAUCAUAUACGCACCGACCUUCUCGCACGCACUCAAGGACCCCGUCCCGGACGCCCUGCCGAUCCCGUCAUCCGGCGCGAUGCGCAUCAUCCUCCUUCUCGAGGGCAACUACCUUCUUCUGGACGAACCGCCGUGGGACGAGAUCGGUCAGCUGGUGGACCUGCGCGUGUUUGUGGAGGCAGAUCCUGCCUUGACACGAGAGCGCGUCGCGCAGAGGCAUCUGCAGGCGGGGAUCGAGUCCACGAUCGAGGAUGCGUAUCGGCGGGUGGACGGGAAUGAUCUGAUCAAUGGACGGCUGGUGAAUGAGAAGAAGGUGGCUGGUAUCGAUCUGGUUGUGACGAGUUUGCAGGAAGAGAUAGGCGGAUAG